CACAAUUUUUUAUGGAUACGAGGUUGGGCUGAGGACGUGGAAACAAAAUCCUGGCCUAGCAGGUUGGAGCAAGAAAGGCCAGUUUUGAUUCUUGAAGUUCGAUAUAUUUUUCAGAGAAGUUCUAUACUAAAAUGGACGACUCAGUGCAGUUACUGACACUAUCUUUUGCAAUGUUCCUUGGUAGCUUUGUAGCUGGUGCAAUUCCAUUAACAAUAUCACUUUCUGAGAGAAGUCUGAGGCUAGUAAGUAUCAUUGGAGCAGGACUUUUGGUAGGAACUGCUUUGGCAGUUAUUAUUCCUGAAGGAGUUCAUGAACUAUAUGAGAAUAUACAUGAUUGUAAUUAUAUUAAAUCAAACAAUGACAGGAGAACCAGUAAGUCAGUUGCAACAAUUGGCCUGGUUGUCCAUGCAGCAGCUGAUGGGGUUGCUCUGGGAGCAGCAGCAACAACAUCGAGGUCUGAUGUUGAGAUGAUAGUCUUUAUAGCAAUUAUGUUGCACAAGGCGCCUGCUGCAUUUGGGCUAACAACGUUUCUUCUCACAGAGAAUGUGGAGAGAAACCGAAUUCGACGGCAUUUGUUGGUGUUUUCUUUAGCUGCACCCAUCGCAGCUCUUGUUAUUUUUUAUGGCCUAAGUCAGGGAAGUAAAGAAGUUUUAUCAAACAUGAACGGUACUGGUAUAGCCAUGCUGUUUUCUGCAGGAACAUUCUUGUAUGUAGCUACUGUACAUAUAUUGCCUGAUUUAAAGCAUUCAUAUCGACUGUCUAAUGUAGAGGACGGUAAAUCAAACGGUUUGGACUGCGAGGAGCGGUUCUCAAAAACUGAUUUAUGUUUUUUAGUAGGUGGGAUAUUGUUACCAAUAAUUUUCUCAGCUUUUCAUCACCAUUGAUAGUGAUGAAAACGUCUCUUAGAAUCAUAGGAAUUUUGGUUACGGUUUAGCCGUACUAGAUUUGCUAACGAAUUGAAGCAAGCGAGCGUCAGUUUUCUUGCGCAAGUGUUGAUAAACCGCCAUGAUUCGAAUAAACGCGGGAUUCUAAAAACGGCUGGAUUCUUAAAAGGGAUGGAUUCUGAAAAGGGCUGGAUUCUGAAAAGGGCAAAAUUCUAGAAAGUAACGGUAGGAUACAAGGUUUUGGUCAGGAACUAAACAAAACCGCGACUAGGAUCCAAUGUUGUAUAAUAUUAUUUUGAAGUAAAUUUGAUAUAUCUUAAUAAUUCGCCCCGGCAUACAGGGCUUUAUCACUUUGAUGGAUGAAAGGGGCUGGAUGCUGAGAAGGACAGGCUUCUAGAAAAGGCUGGAUUUUAAAAAAGGGUAGGAUUCAAGAAGUAGGCUUGCGAGUUUCUAGUAACUACUGGAUCCAAAUAAACACUUGGUUGUGAUAAUGGCUUCGUCAUAUUGGAUUUUAAGAAAUAGAACCGGGCUUUUAUCCGAAUCAAUGCGGUACUUUUUAUGAGGUAAUGUGCGAUUAAAGUGCGAUUAAUGUCUUUGAGGAUAAAUGGUAACUAGACACUCUCUUGGUAAAAUUCUCAGCAUUAAGAGAUUCGCGUAACAGGUUUCGUACCAUUGUAUAAAGAGAUAUCUAGAAAAUUGUUAGAUAUAACUUUUUCUUAUACUUAAAUUGAAUUAUAUUAUUUUGGAGAACGUAUUAGUUUUGAUUUAUAGAAUCAAAUGAGAUCGUCUCAAAAUAUACAGCCAUUCUGUUUCAAUAGUUGGUACUGUUUCAGCAGACCUUGUUUAACUUUCAUUUAUGCAAGCAUGUGCAACCUUGUUUUUAUAAACACCUUAAAAUGCUCAAAUCUGCGCCCGGGCUACUUGUUUGAAAGUCUUCCUUAGAAGGGGACGUUUUUUCAAGAUUGGCUGAAUUAAAAAUUGAAAUUUGUCUUUCCGAUAAUUUCAAAAUAUUUUUGAAAGUCAAAAAAGUGAACAAAAAGUAAGUCAACGUAAACAGUAAUAGAAAUUGUUUUAUACUGUUAAUUUAUACUAUAUAUAUUUUAACAGGAACGUCAUUUUCGCAUUACAGAGUAGGAUCUAUAAGAUGCGAGCCUCUAUUUCUUCCAUUUGAUUUACAUCUUCGUCCAACACGUUUUAAAAAUUUAAUGAUGAUUCAAGGACCUGUGGCACUUUUUUGAGUACGGAUUCUCAAUAAAAAUUGUCAUCGAAAUGGGGUGCUUCGAAAAUGAUCGAAAACCAAGCAUUUACAGUAGUAAUACGCCUAGGUGUUUAUUGCAAGGUCAUGCUUUCAUUCGACCAUUUGAUAUGAUACUACCAUUUGAUAUGUUUCAAAUUUGAUGCAAAAGCAUUAUUAAGCUAUCUGAAACUCUCUUAAUUUCAAGCUUUUUUAAGACGUCUGAAUUUCAAAUCUUCAUCUUUUCAUUGCUUUUGCAAAAAAUCCCCACUUUUUCAUGCUUUCUCAUCAGAUAAAUUUUUAUUUUAACCUUGUUUGCUAGAUAAUAUCUGGCGAUUUCUUGUUUUUUCGUUGUUUAUUUUGGAAUUCACGUGCUUGUAGUUUUUUGCAUGAUGUCCGAGCAAGAAGUUUACUUGGAAGUCUAUGUAUAUAAGCCAGCAUGAUUGUAAAAUAUUAUUAUUUGCCAA